AUGCCGGAAAGUGGCAAGAUAACACCGGAGACUUUCCAAAGGCACCGAGAAGGACGUUACAAAGAUGAUGACUCACGAUUUCCGGUGAUUCCAACGCCAUCCCAAAUUGGCUCAUCCAAGCAGCUCUCCGACGAAAAUGGACCCUCAUCUCAGCAAACUGCCGCUGCCUCCCGGAAGAUCUCCUGUGUACCUAUCGAUCUGAAAAGGCCAUUGGCAAUAGUUGCAGUAUACCCCAUGCCCGAUUUCGGUGUUUUAUCCGAAGAAGAUGCCGAAACGGGCCGUGAGGACUUGGAAAGAAGAAUAGCGUCGAAGGAAAUCAGUUUCGGUGAGGAGUUUGCGAACGGUGAAGCGGAGAUGGUGUAUUAUACUCGUUGGACUUUGAUAUGCUAUAUUGUGAAGGCACCGGUUUACGCCGAUUACUUCAGUGGCAUUAGUGGCCUUGGAAAGAAGCUGGCGUCUAUUCAAUCGGUCGCCCCUGUUUCAUAUGAGAAAGUCAUGGACGAAAAUGUCCCAACGAAUACACGACACAUUUCCGUUGUAGAUUUUGAAAAUUUGACGCCGGGGAUGCCGCCGUUGUUCGUUGUUCACGGGCUAGCAGACAGCUGUGCCUUUCGAGGAUAG